ACAUAAAUAGCACAUAGAGUAAAUAAAAUGUAUAUAGUUUCAUAACUUUGGCAUUUCCUUCCAAAUUCUUGUUGAACAAAAUGCACAACGAGUUUUGUUUUCAUAUGCAAUACAGAGUUAACGGCAAGGCAACAGGGCGGAUAAGCAAAAGCAUAAGCAGCAAUAUUAGCGGCCAGAGGAAGCAACAGUUACACGAGAAGAGCGAUAAGAGUAGCAGUAAAACGCGAUUGCGAUAAGAAAGAGAGGUAGGCAGCAGAACGGACGGCAUUAUCGAGAGCAAGCGUAAGUCAGAGAGACGGAGCGAUUAUUUGGAGAAUUCGAGGCGAGAAGUUGCGAGAGAGCGCGUGCGAGCGCUAUCAUGACGCAAUAGCCAAUCCAAUGAAUGAAAUAGCAACAAACACAAUAGUUGGGAGCACAGCAAGUACAUACAUAUGUCGCCGACGCCUGCGGAGAUUGUAGUAGCGACAUCAGCGCCGCUAAGAGAGCACAAUGGCAAUGGCUACAAGACGGCCAGAGCGGCGACGGCGGCAGCGACGCCAUCAACAGCGUCAGCACUAACCAAAGGCAGUGGCACUGGCGAGGUUUCGCUUUCUGCUGCUGAAGCAGCGCAGCCGUCGUCGCUGCCACCAGAUAUCGGCUCCACGAGAGUGGGCAGCGAAGUGCUGAUAAUGACGCCAGAGCAAAUAGCCGAAGCUUACGAAAACGCAGUGCGAGAAGAAGAGCAUAAGAGAGGCAAAACCGAAGAGAGUAAAGUGCGAUCCACUCAGCCCGGAAUACGAAAUAAGGCCGUAGCCUUUCGUGACGGACUCUUGCUGAUAGUCGGCAAAUUUUUGAAAUUCAUUUUGCAUUUAGACAUGCAUGGGGGCAACACCGGCAACAAUAUCAACUUCGUGGAGGGGCUGAUAGACUUUAUCGCCGGCUCGCUGGGCGGCGCCGCUCAAGUCUAUGUUUCCCAGCCGUUGGACACCGUCAAAGUGAAGCUACAAACAUUUCCCGAAACCUACAAGGGCAUGUUUGAUUGCUUUUUUAGCACCUACCGCAGGGAUGGCGUCAUGCGGGGCCUGUAUGCAGGCUCCGUGCCGGCGGUCUUUGCGAAUGUGGCCGAAAAUUCAGUUCUCUUUGCCGCCUACGGUGGCUGCCAGAAGUUUGUCUCCUAUGUGGUUGGCAAGGAGCUGGCUAGCGAGCUGACCACCACGCAGAACGCAUGCGCCGGCUCUCUGGCCGCCUGCUUCUCCACAUUGACCCUCUGUCCCACUGAGCUGAUCAAGUGCAAGCUGCAGGCCCUGCGCGAGAUGAAACACUUUGUGGAGCCUACCCAAACGGCCGACCUUCGCACGCCAUGGACGCUAACACGUUACAUCUGGCGCACCGAAGGUAUACGCGGGUUUUAUCGUGGAUUGGGCUCCACAUUUAUACGCGAGAUGCCCGGCUAUUUCUUCUUUUUUGGCAGCUACGAGGGUACACGCGAGAUGUUGCGCGGUAAGGAUCAGACAAAGGACGAAAUUGGACCGUUUAGAACGAUGGUUGCCGGGGCCAUUGGCGGUGUCUGUCUGUGGACAUCAACAUUCCCAGCAGAUGUCAUAAAGAGUCGCAUUCAGGUGAAGAACCUCAAUGAGGGCAUGUUCAGUGUCGGUGCGGAAAUUGUUCGACGAGAGGGCGUAUUGGCCCUUUAUCGUGGACUGUUGCCAUCAGUUCUACGCACCAUUCCGGCCACGGCCACCCUGUUCGUUGUCUACGAGUAUACCAAGAAGGCUCUCCAUGGGGCGAUGUGACUGUGACCUGUGACAGUUGAGACAGGCGUGGGCGUGACCGCGGGCGGUUACAACAAAUAAGCUCACGUUGCCAGUGCUCCAUUAUAAACGAUUUCUGAUUA